GUCCCAGCACUCUGUCAUUGCCGCCGCCAUCCCGCCCUGUCCCAUCUCUCGCCUCACCGAUCGUGCUGAUCGUCCUAUAGGCGUCUUCCCAGGCCCACAUUGCGCGCCCUCCUACGUCGUAUGGUCGAGGUGCAUGCCUCCGCUUCUGCACUCCUCGCUUGUCCCACUUGUAUGUAGGGGCUCUUCUGGAGCGCUGUCCGCUCGUUUCCUUGCACUAUGAAGUUUGGCAAGCAUAUUCAAAAGCGGCAGCUCGAGAUCCCCGAAUAUGCCGCUAGCUUCGUCGACUACAAGGCUCUAAAAAAGCUUAUCAAGAAGUUGAGCGCAACCCCGGUUCUUCCUGCACAGAAUGAUAGCAAUCGUUUGGGAGAUGGCCUUGACCCUCAGGCCGCAUUACAAGCCAACAAGGCCACGUUCUUCUUUCGAGUGGAGCGAGAGCUCGAGAAAGUCAACAUUUUCUACCUACAAAAGGAGGCAGAGCUGCGGCUGCGAUUGGCAACGUUGCUAGACAAGAAGCGAAACAUGCAAGCUCAUCCCUCAACAGUGUCCAAAGUGUCCUCGAAAUACAUAGCACUCGAAGAGGGCUUGAAGCAGUUCAGCAUGGAUCUGAAUAAGCUCCAGCAAUUUGUCGAGGUCAACGCUACGGCCUUCUCGAAGAUAUUGAAAAAGUGGGACAAAACAUCCAAGUCGCGCGAGAAGCAACUCUAUCUAUCGCGUGCUGUUGAGGUGCAGCCUUGUUUCAAUCGCGACGUUAUCAGCAGCCUAUCCGAUCAAGCGACCCAAGCUCUGUUGGACUUCUCAGGAUGGGCAGAAGGCGACAAGAUGCAAUACCCAACGUCGAUAACCCAGCCACCAGCCGACACAUCUCAGGAUGGCGAUAUGGAGCUAGAUAAUCAGAUGACCCAAGCGAUCACCACUGCUAACACGGCGAAAAUAGAAGAGUGUUUGGCCAGGAUCUUCUCCUUGGUUGACGCGCAGGAACGGAUAUCCAGAGCUUUCUUGAGCACCAUCGAAGAUGCCCCUGAAAAUGCCUUGCAACUCAUGCUGGACACCAAUCGUGUGAACCUCAACCAAGAAGACGAAAUCAACGAAAGGAAUUGUCUCCACAAAGCAGCCAUCUGCGGGCGAGGCGCGGUCCUCCGGAUCGGAUUGUCCGCACAUGUCAAUGUCAAGGCAUUAGAUGUCUACGGGAGAAUACCGUUGCACUAUGCUUGCAUGCAUGGUCAUGUUGAGUUGGUCCAGGAACUAAUCAAUGCAGCUCCUGACACCGUCAAUUUCAAGGAUCAGGACAAUUUUACGCCUUUGAUUCAUGCGAUCGUCCACUCUCAACUCGAUUGCGUUCAGACCCUUCUUUCUAAUGGGGCACAGAUCAAACAGCUGGGUCCAUCGGAGCACAUACCCUUGAAUCUUGCAUGCCAACAUGGCUCCAUACCCAUUGUCGAGCUCCUUCUUCAAGCACAUGCUGAGAUGCUUCCCGAUGCUGAAGGCCUCUAUCCUCAACAUCUAGUCGCGAGAUCUGGGAAGGACCCCGAGAUGCUUCUACUGCUGCAAAAGUACGGUGCAGAUCUCGACCAACCCGAUAAGCUAUACCAGUGGACGCCUCUCUUUCAUGCCGCCAGCGAAGGUCAUGUCGAAUGUCUCAGAGUACUCUUAGUAUGUGGGGUUAGCGUGGAUAUUGUGGACGAGAAGGGCUUGUCUGCGAUGUACUACGCCACGUGGGAAGGCCACUUUGAGUGCAUGAAAAUGCUUGCCUCUGUUGGAAGAGGAGUUGGCCUUGCUACACCGAAGCAGGUGUCACCGCAGAUUCUAACUACAGGCCAAUCCACCACUGGUCCAGGUCCUAUGGAUCUCGGAGAAGGAGAAGGUAUUCCGGAAUUCAUUCUUCCACCACCUAUAAUCCCACUGAGACGUUAUGGCCACAAUUUCCUGGAUACCAAGACCUUUGUGGUGAUAAGCUUUGAGAAUCUGGGCGCGGAUGCCCUUCAGUUCUACGACGACCAUAAAUAUCCGGCCGCUCGCCUCACCAUUUCCUCGAAAUCCUCAGACCUCAUCCCACGAAACAUUAUGUUACCAAUCCAAGACGAGUUCAAGGUCAUUUCGUUCCAGAUUGAGAACCUCGAUACCUUUGCCAUUGACUUCGAUGUAUACCCAACCUUCGGCUCCAAGGUCAUUGCGCGCAGCGUCGCCUCCUCGAAGAUAUUCACAAACGAAUCAAGCAGCUCAGGGCAAUGGCAUCUUGAGCUUUUCGACCCUCGGCUCCGUGCUAUUGGGCGACUAAGUUUCGACUUCCAGGUCGUAAAACCCUUCCACGGCAUACCCCUCGAAAUCACACACUUUGCAACCUACUGGAAAGCAACCAGUCAAUCCGACUCCCAUCCAACAGCCCUCAUCACUGGAUCGAGCUUAUCAGGCGAAUAUGCUCGCCUAUUCGUUCAGUUGACGAGUGAUGGCGUUCCAGUACUUUAUCCGCAAUGGAAGAUUACGUACCAAGGUCUCGAUGUCCCUGUCAAUAUUCUCACCUACGAUCAAUUCGCCAACAUUGGAGCUUCACAGAACGCUUCUAGCUCCAUGGCAGCAUCGACCCUACAGAACACUCAUGGAGCCAAUGUCUCUCAAAUUCAUCAAAUCCUAGCUACGUCGUUCAUGACGCUCCGUGAAGCUCUCGCCAUACUUCCUGCACAUAUCCAUGUCGAGCUGCAUGUCCUGUACCCAAGCCGGAGGGAGGAGGAAAGCUUGCGAUUAGGUCCAACGCCUAAUAUCAACGACUUUGCGGAUGCGCUGCUAUCGAUCGUGUUCGAGCACGCGAGGCAUCUAAGGGGCCAGAAAAACGGAUUUCUGAGGUCGAUUGUGUUCUCGAGCUUCAAUCAGGACAUCUGCACGGCACUGAAUUGGAAGCAACCGAACUACCCCGUUCUCCUCUGUAACGAACUUGGUGCCGACGCGCCUAGCUCGACUAGCGAUCCCUAUAAAGUAAGGAGCAGCGGUCGCACCACGAUCUCGGUUAAAGAGGCCGUGCAGAUUGCGAGAGACAAUAAUUUCAUGGGCUUGAUCUGUAGCUCGAGAUUACUGGACCUUGCUCCCGCCCUGAUCGAAUCAAUCAAAACCGCCGGCCUCGUUCUUAUCACCGACAUCUCGGAUGCGAACACGCGCCAGCGCGGCUCCCUCGCCGUCGCCGCGCCGUCGUCAUAUCAGGUGCCCCAGGGCGUGGAUGGGUUCUUGAAGGGGAAUGGCGUGCUGAGGUUCAAUGAAACAAUUGAUAUGUAAGGUUUGAGAUGCGAGAGUGGGAUAAAAGUAUAUGAAUGGUGGCGCAUGAUCAUCCUGGUUUCGAAUAAAAAGUGAAUUUGGUCGCGCUAGAUCUGGAAUAGAAUGGGCUGUGCAGGAUAUCAGAAUAUGUAUGGCUGCGUGGGUGGUCAUCU